AGCGCGGGCGUUUGAAUGCGGCGGGGCGGGCAGGUGGUCGGCGUGAGCUCGGUCACGGCGGGCAGUGCGAUGGGGGGCGACCCGGUGCGGGAGCAGCGCGGGCGGUGGGCGCGGGGGCGGGUCCGGGCGGAGGCGGCGCUGCGGGCGGGCGAGGAGGCCUACCUGGGCCAGGUGCAGGCCGUGGCGCAGUACUUCGUGGCGCUGCUCAAGGCCAAGGGCACGCUGGAGCCGGACGCCAGGGAGGCCAUCUUCGGCCGGUGGGGGGCGCUGUGCGGCAUCAGCAGGGCCCUGCUGAGCCACCUGGAGAGGGGUCUUCUGGGACCGGGGCUAGAGGCCUUCUGUGCCCAGAUUGGGGUCUUCCUCCAUUAUGCUGAAGACCUGCCCCGGGCCAGAGAGACCCUGGAGAGACAGGUGAGGAAGAACAAGGCCUUCUCCCGCUUCAAGAGGCUCCAGGAGACCCGCCCAGAGUUCGGAGGCUCCCGCCUGGAAGACCUGCUCCUGCUGCCGCUCCAGAGGCUCCGCCAGUACAAGCCUUUGCUGCUGGAUCUGGUGGAAAACACCCCGCUGGAGAUCCCGGACGCUGAGCAGCUGAGAGCUGCACUCAAGUCCGUGGCUGAGGCUGUUCACCAGAUCCAGGAGAUCGCUCGCUUCCACGAAAACGUGGACCACCUGAGUCGGAUCCAGAAGCUGCUCAAAGGGCGGAAGACGCAGGUGAUGCAGCCAGGGCGCUGGUUCCUGCAGGAGGGCUGGCUGAUGGUGGCACCCCCCAAGGGAGAGGGUCUGCGGCCCCGGAUGUUCUUCCUCUUCUCGGACGUCCUGCUGAUGGCCAGGCCUUGCCACCCGCUCCACCCCUGGAACGCGCACAAGGUGGCCGUCAAGGAGGUCCUCUGGCUCCAGCCGCAGUGCUCCGUCGCCAAGGUCUUCGGCCACUCCCGGGGCCACGGGGGGCUCCUCAGUCUGUCCUUCCCGCACAAGACGCUGCUCCUGGUAUCCUUUGACCAGGAAGACUUGGACACGUGGCAUCGGAACCUCACGGCUGCUAUCAGGAAGCUGCAGACCAGCAUCUCUCAAGGCCACUGAAUUGGAGGCACAGAGGCCCAUCCGGAUGCCACAGGGACUCAAUGGGCAGGAGGCCCUUGUGUGGACCCGUGCUACUUUCGCCUUUGUGGACACCGGACUCUGACAACCAAGCCAGGGCCAUCCCUUGACUUCCUGACUCCCAUGAAGAACAUCUACCAUGUCUUUGUUGUCUAUCUGCUGAAUCCAGACUCACACCGAGGACCAAAACCUGGACUUUGCUCACCCAUUGGCACAUGAACUGCAACUUUGGGACCCACCUGGGAGCUUGGUUUGCUAGAAGUCAUCUGCUCUCAGCCCUGGCCCUGUGGCUUCCUUGACCUGGUCUAUCUAUCUCGGGCAUGGGCCAACUUCGGUCCUCCCACCAGGCAUUUUGGACUUCAACUCCCAUAGUUCCUAGGCGAGACGGCCAAAAUUGGUCCAUGCCUGUGCUAUAAUUGAAGGCCAUCCGCUCUCAUAUAUAACACCUUCCACGUUUCUACCAUUUGCAGUAUUUGUGUUUUGAACUCAUGCCUUUCCUAAGGUAGAAAGGAAUAAGGACUAGUUCCAAACUGCAGGAGAGACUGCCUUUAACCUUUAGGAACAGAAAUGUUUCCAAUCCAAGCAUGGUGUGAUGGAGACCAACUACUGCUUGUGUGAUAAUGACUAAGAUAGGUUUUAUUUUCAGAUGAAUAAAUCUAUUUUUAAAUCCAAACUCGUUUGGCUUGUAACCAUGACUUGCUUUAUAAUAAAACAAUAAACACAGA